GCAACCCCGAUGUUGGCGACCAUGUCUCUCUCGGAGCCCACAGUGACGUCAUCAAGUGGGCGGGAGGAGGCGGGGCUGAAGGUGCACGUGGGGGGGACUGCACCCGCGAAGAUGGGCGGAGUCGCGGACUUAGCCACGCCCACCAGCCUGCCGGGGGUAGGCCCGCCCCACAGCCUGCAGGUCUCGAGGUCUGUGCGCUCAGGCACGCCCGCCGCCGACCUGCCCGCCCUCGCCUCCGACCUCAUCUCCCCCGACCAUCUCUCGCCCCCCGUAUUUUCCCCGGCGACGCCCUCCAGCGCCCCCGUCUACUCCCCGAUCUCCCCCGCGGGCUGCAGGGGCGAGAGCAACUUCUUCUUCCCGUGCAGCAGCGUCCACGGGGGCUUCCCCAGCACCUCCACCCUCUCCGACAUCAGCAGGGAGUCGCCCGAGAGCCAGAGCAUCAAGCGGGACCUCCUCGGCUCUCGACACCGCGACUCGAGGUACAACUCGGUCGCUGAGUCGGAGGUCGGCUCCGUGUCCGACACCACGGAGGGGGAGCACUCGCCCACACAGCAGUUAUAUUCCCCGGAGCUGGAAGGCGACAGGUACAGCGGGGGACGUGGCCAGCCCCUGGAGAUGUUCAGCAUGGACUUCCAUUACGAGAGUGCGAAAAGACCAGUGACCUCGUUUCCCACUCGAGAAAUGACCUUAUCCGAUCGGUAUCACUGGCAAACCGACUCGAGCGGAAGUGGUUCGGAACCGCUGCUCUUCCCGGUUCGCGGUUCGCCUGCCAGUGGGAUGUACAGCAGCCGAGGGGCUAUGUACACCCCUACUGUACAAGAUGUGCCUUCCACGCCCACCAAUAUGUGGCCACAACAAGUGGACUACGGUGUACAGGACCUGGGUGCCAUCAAGAACACGCCCUCCACACCGCCCAUCAGCUUCACGCCCAGAGUCUACCCGAGCACCCAGGUGACGCAGCGACAGGCCUGCCCUCUGCCGGCCAAUUCCACCAUCCCUUCGCUCAACCAGCAGUUGCCUAGCGGUAGCAUGUCGCUGAGUCGCCCUGCCCUUGGGUAUAGCGGGUAUGACAUGUCAGGUUCGUGGGCCGCCGACGCCUACGGGACAUACGGGUCUCAGCACGUACGCAGCGCCAUCUCUGCGGUCAAAGUAGAUCCCGGUUUUUACGACGGGAGGGAGUGCCGCGAGUGUGCCAACUGCGGUGCCUCCCGGACCCCCUUGUGGCGGAGGGAUGCGAAGACCGGCCACUACCUGUGCAAUGCCUGCGCCCUCUACACCCGCACCAACGGCAUCAACCGGCCCAUGACCAAGAUGCCUGCCCGGAGGCAUUCUGGCAACAGGAGGCUGGGACAAGUCUGCACCAACUGCCACACAACCGUCACCUCCCUCUGGCGUCGAAACAGUAACGGUGACCCUGUGUGUAACGCCUGUGGUCUCUACUACAAACUGCAUAACAUCAACCGCCCACUUACCAUGAAGAAAGAGAGCAUUCAGACUCGGAAACGAAAACCCAAGAAGUCGAGUGAUAGCAAGAGCUCCUCCACCUCGUCCUCGAUACCUUCUUCAGCUACUUCUUCAGGCACGAGCACUCUGACCACGUCCUCCGCCAGCACCGCCACGACCACGGCCUCGGCCUCGAAGUACCAGCCUUCUUCGGUGUCGACAGAUUUUGGAGUCUGCUCCUUGCCGAGCCUCACUCACGAUUCCCUUCGGCCCGCAGUGAAGACGGAGCCCUCGAGCGCCUCCUACACUAUGUACGGGACGUCGACCUACGGGUCCCAGAGCACCUCCCCGACAGGCACCUCCUCCACCCACCUGCUUCCCUCGCUCCUGCCUCCGUACUCCUUCCCUAGCCUGAAGGCCGCUCCCACCGCCACCCUCCAGUACGGGGUCAAGGACGAGCCCUCUUCCCCGGGGACUGGAGGCACAGCAGGAGACAUCGGAGCCGGAGGAGCAAGUCUCCACCACGCCCACGCCGCCCAUUCCGUCGCACACGGGGCCGCCCACGUAUCGUCCAACGGGCUGGCGACGUCCCCCCGCGAUCCUUUGGCUGGAGUCACCGCCUCGUCUGCCAGUCACAUGACCCCGUCGCACCUGCCCGUGUCUACGUCGGCCGGGACCCCACACCUCGGGUCUCCGGGGUCCGUAGCGCCCCACUACUCCGCCAACAUGAUGCUGCCCCACAUCGUCACGUCCGCCUGCUUAGGGUCGACCGCAGUACAGGGUCACUCGCCCCCCGUAACUCCCACGACUCCGCACUCGCUGGAGCACCUCACGUGGAAAGCCAAGUGAGGGAAGACCCAGGGAGGACGAAUGUGAAAUAGCUAGAGGGGAAAAAAAGAAAAAAAAAAAAGUAAGGAAAAAAAAAAGUUGUAUAGGUAUUAAUGUACAUAGGAAUUUUUUUUUUUUUUAUGUAAGUCAUGUAUACUCUGUUGAUUACGUGUGUACAGAUUUUUUUUUUUUCUAGAUUUAAGGAGCUUUUGUUUUUGUACGUCGUUACGUAGUUUAAGAUGGUUCUAGGCACACCAAAGAUAGAAGGUAGUUCAAGUGUGCCAAAGAUACUAGGUUUAGCAGGGGAGCGCCGAGGGUUGGAGUGUCGAAGGGUCAUGCAGAUGCCAGAACACUUCAACUCCGGGAGGACCCCCAUGGACGGGCUAAAUUGACUAGUCGUUUGCGCGGUUCCGUUGUCUUCAUCUUAAUGUUUCUCGUUUUCUUUCCUCGCUUCUUCCUCUUUUAAUAUCAGUGUUAGUUGUUUGUUCUAUUUUUUCCCCUUCUAAUCUGCUGUUCCUCGCUCUUUUCACACAAAAAAGUGCCGUAUCGUAGCAGCCUUCAUUCUUCAAAGGCAUUCCAUUUUGUCGAUUAAUAAAAAGAGAAAAAGAAGUUCGUCUCGGCUUCUUUAGGUUACUAAGGAGAACGAUCACCUUUUGGACGACGAGGAAGGGGGAGCACUCCUUCGAAGGCGAACUUGGAUGCUGAUUAAAGUCGUUUUUGUUUGUCCUUUGUUCUCGAGUAGACGUUUUAGUGUUAGCUAUUUUGUUAGACUUAGAUUCUUUUUUCUUUUUUUUGUCAUUUCACUUUCUACUGUUUAAAAAAAUGUAAAAGGAAAAAAAGUAAACAACAUAUCCCUUUGACUUGGGUAUGUUACCUCGCCUGGAUAGUACUCACAGCUGAUUAUCAAAUCCCUAUUUUGAAAUCCGUCGAAUCAGAGGAAUUAUUAACUUAACUAUCAUAACGAAUAUGUAAAAUAAGUGAUCAUAAUUCAUUUGUUUCGCCGUGGAUGUAAAGGGUUCUGUAUACUGUAUGUGUGUCCGUCCUUUUUACAAUAUUUUUGUAAACGUUUUUCCUCUUGUUUUCUCUCAGACACAAACAGGCAGAUAAACAACUUUUGCUAAGCACCGCUUCUUGUAAAUAUGGGAAGGGAAUUCAGGCGAAAAUUCUUUCAAUUAAGAAAAUAAAGACAUUCAUUUACACGUGUUUUUUUCUCUACACUCAGAUCGUGUAUUUUUUUGGAAAUGUGUGUACAAUAGCAAUAAUUAGUGUUAUGGUCUAUAUGUAUUUCUGUCAUCGGUGUCUGUAAAUAGUAUGACUAACAUGUCAUCAUUAAUAGAAACAUUUGGUUAGAUUUUUUUUUUUUUUUUUUUUUUUUUUUUUUUUUUUUUAGCAAUAGCAAUAGCAAAGUAUGUGGGAUUAGAUCAGUUACACUUGAUUACUAUAAUUAUUAUUAUUAUCAUUAUCCAUAUUCUAAUCAUCAUCAUUAAUAUCCUUAACAUGAUUGGUAUUACUAUUAUUAUUAUUAUAAUUAUCAUUAUUGCUGUUAGCAGUUUAUUGUUAUUGUAUUAUCAUUAGUACUAUUAGCAUUGGUUUUAUUUAUAUUUAUAUAGUUCUAAUUAUCAUGAAAUAAAAAAAAUCAACAUUAAUACAAAGUAUACUCCUCAUUUAUCGUUUUCUAUGUUGGGUAAUUUGCAAAAAAAAAAAGAAAAUAUAUAUAUAGGAAGCGAAACGAUAAUUCUAAUUAUCCAUCGCAAUAUUAAAUUUUAGUUUUUAAACGUCUAUAUUGAUAUCCUUUUCGAAAAUCUUGCUUGGACGUAAAGUUGUGGGUUUUCUCUCUUGUGUUAUUAUAAAUUUGUGGAAAAUAAUAAUUCUUGAUACUGAAUUUUUAUGUGUAGUUAUUUCUAUUAGUUUUAUGAUGUUUUUAUUAAAAGACAAACGUGUGUUUUAUUUUGUAAGUUUAAAAAAAAAAGGUCAUUGGUGAGUGUCACAGUUAGUCAGUUUUAAUUGAUAUUGUGAUAUAGAAAGUAUUAGAAAAUGUUGGUUAUCUUUAAAACCCUCGUCUUUUUAAGGAAAGUAAAUAUAUUCGAAAACCGUUUCCUGUGUGCUGUAUUUUUGUGUCUGUUUGAUUAGCCUCUAAGAUUUUUUUUUUUCUUUUUUGUUGUAAAAAAAAAGUAUAUAUAGUACGAUUUAUUUCAAUAUUUGCUGACUCGUGGUGCUAGUGUUAUUCUAAAAGGGAAUGUUUCAUUUUGAAUUUUGAAAUGAUCUUUCUCCUUUGAUAUUUUUUAUUUUUUUUUUUUUUUUUUAAGUAGGAAAAAAAAAACGUUGAUUCUUAUCUUCUCUUACUUUUAAUUUCCUUGUUAAUAAUUUAUGUUGAGUGGUAAAAAAUUAGAAUUUUUUUUAUUUUCCUGCAAAUGCGCUGGGAAAUAUUUUUUAUGGAUUUAUGUAAAUAGACAGUUCAAAAGAAUACAUUAUUGUAAAUAGUUCCUUGCUUUUAUUUUGGCGGAGCGAUGAUUGGCUGCAAUUAAAAUUCUAAUUCAACCAAUCGCGUUUAUUUUUGACAGGCGAUGAUUGGCUGAGACGACAGAAAAUUCAACCAAUCAGCCGUCUGUCCGUUAUUUUUAGCAGGCGAUGAUUGGCUGAAACACCAAACAGUCCAACCAAUCAUCGGCCUUUGUAGUCACUGGAGGUGAUUGAUAGCAUUUUAUGUGUGAAUGAGAUGUACAAAUGAAUCCUUCUAUGUGAUUUUUGGCAAUUUAUGUAGUUAAAAACGCUUUGUAAUUUGUCCUUUUGUAAUACUGAAUUGUGCUGUGAGUUUAAAAAUCAUAAACAAAUUUCAUGGA